ACUCCCUCUCAAUUUUUAUUUUUUUGUUUACUCACAGAAAUGUUUGUUUUGUUUUCUUGAUUCAAUUUCCUUGUUCUUUGUCCUAAUCCAAUGAGGUAAAUUGGUCUUGUUCUUGUUCUUGUGUUCUUGUUCUGACGGAAAAUAGGUCUCCUGCAUGUCCAUCUUAGUUUCACGCUGAAUUGCUAGAAUCUGUUUCUCCAGUUGUCACUCCUUGCUCACACUAUAAUUUACUCAUUUUUCCCGGAAAGUAGUAAAAUGGGGUUGCAUUUUUUUUUUCCUAUGGAGGAAGGAAACUUUGAGAGAGAAAAAAAGGCUAAAGAUACCGACUUUUAACUGAAACAUAAUGUGGGUAUUUGCAAGCAAGGCUUUAUAAGUCAGCAAAGCCACUUUCUUUCUUCCCUGUAUGAUAUGGAAGCUAGCUUGAUCCUAAGCUACCACGCCAGCAGCAUUUGCUUUAUUGUUAUUCUUUUUGGUUCAGGAGCGGAAUCAACGUGUGAAAGGUGAAAUCUUUGUUUCAGUUUUUGGUGGAGGAAAAUUGUCUUGGAGCUGACUUGGCGUAGCAGUCAGAUCUGCAUAUGGUUUUGCGCGGGGUGCACAUCCAGGAUUUCUCGCUGAGCAAGUUGGGAUAAAGUCUGUGUUUUUAUGCCAAAAAGUGUUGACUUUGUGGAAGGAGUGCUUCUGUAUUGAUUUGGGUGCCCGUUUAUGUGUUCUACGUUUGAAGAUAUGGCCUCUGGUGAAGGGAGGGGGCAUCAUCAUGAUCUUGUGCCUCUUGCUGCGUUGCUCAAGAGAGAGAUGAAGAGUGAGAAGAUGGAGAAGCCCACUGUGAGGUUUGGGCAUGCUGCUCAGUCUAAGAAAGGGGAGGAUUAUUUUCUAAUUAAGACUGAUUGUCAGCGAGUGCCUAGGAACUCUUCAUCAUCCUUUUCUGUAUUCGCGAUCUUUGAUGGGCACAAUGGAAAUGCUGCUGCUAUUUUUACCAGGGAGAAUUUGUUAAAUCAUGUGUUGGGUGCUCUUCCUCGAGGGCUUGGACGAGAGGAGUGGUUGCAAGCUUUACCUCGGGCAUUGGUUGCUGGGUUUGUUAAGACUGAUAAGGAAUUUCAGAGCAGAGGAGAAACUUCUGGAACCACAGCCACGUUUGUGAUAGUGGAUAAAUGGACUGUGACAGUUGCAUCUGUUGGAGAUUCCCGUUGUAUACUAGAUACACAGGGUGGUGCUGUUAACAACUUAACUGUUGAUCACAGACUUGAAGAGAAUAUUGAAGAGAGAGAACGUGUUACUGCAAGUGGAGGUGAAAUUGGGAGGCUUAGCAUUGUUGGUGGUGCUGAGAUUGGUCCCCUUCGUUGCUGGCCAGGGGGUCUAUGCCUUUCCAGGUCAAUAGGAGACAUGGAUGUUGGGGAGUUUAUAGUUCCAAUACCAUAUGUCAAACAGGUUAAGCUAUCAAAUGCUGGCGGGAGGCUUAUAAUUGCUUCUGAUGGCAUAUGGGAUGCGCUGUCUUCAGAAAUGGCAGCAAAGUCUUGCCGCGGUUUGCCUGCCGAGCUUGCUGCUAUGCAGGUUGUCAAGGAAGCACUACGAACAAGAGGGUUAAAGGACGAUACAACUUGCAUAGUUGUUGACAUAAUACCACCAGAGAAUGAAUUGCCACCAACACCUCCCCCCAAAAAGCGGAACAAGUUGAGAGAUCUUUUGUUCAGGAAAAGGCCGCGUGAUUCUGCUGGUAAGCUGUCAAAGAAGCUUUCAGCUAUAAAUAUAGUGGAGGAACUAUUUGAAGAAGGAUCAGCAAUGCUUGCUGAAAGAUUAGGAAAUGAUGACAACUCAGGGCAAUCAACAUCUGGCCUUUUUGUAUGUGUUGUAUGCCAAGUUGAUCUUGCUGCAAGUGAGGGAAUCUCUGUCCACGCAGGUUCCAUUUUUUCCACCAGCUCGAAGCCCUGGCAAGGUCCUUUUUUAUGUUUUGAUUGUCGCGAUAAGAAGGAUGCUAUGGAAGGAAAACGUCCUAGUGGAGUUAAAGUGUCAUAGGUUAAAAAUUGGAGUCCAUCUAUUCUUUAUGCUAUCUUUCACUUUUUGUAAUCACGAGCCAAGUAAUUGAUUUAAUCUCACUAGCAAGUAGCAACAGAUGUAUAUUUGAUAUCCACGAAUUCAUAAUCAUCUAAAAUGUGGAUUGCAUUUGAGUAGCAAAGGCUGGGACAUGGGAGAGAGCCUGGACUGAGUUUUUGGGCGUCUGCAGAAUGUUCAUGUGGAUACUACUAAUUUGAGGAUCUAACAUUGAAAAGGUUCUUCAACUGUAGAAGAAUUUAAGC